AUCCCAGCACACUCCCGCCUCACCACCAACUUCAACCCACCGCAAUCGCCCAUCAUGGUCGCAUCGUCAACUGUGUCGUUCGACGACUUUGUCAAGCAGACACGGGAAAAGAAGAAGAACGAGACGCUCGCCCAGCAGUUUCUCGGCGGCGGCAGCCGUGGCCGGAAACCCAAUGCCUCCGGUGCGGGCGCAAAGCCGCGGGUCGACUCUGAGAAGCCUUCUCUUCUCAGUCGGAUAAACGGCAGCGCUGGUGUCCAAAAGCGAUCGGCGAGUGCGAAGCCAGCCGGUAGCAUCGACGGGAAAUGGCAACACGACCUGCACAAGCUGAACAAUCCCCGCAGCGCAGUCAACACCAGGAACCAUCUUGCGCGAACGGCAUCAGCAUCGCAAGUCGAGCGCAACACGAGGACGUUUGACAAGUUCGCCUCGUCUCUCAACCGGGGUGCGGGCGCACGCAACAACGAUGGAGCGGGUAUCAGCAUCCGAGGCGUUGCAAACGGAGGGCCAUGCACCGUCAUUGCGAGCAACUUUGCACCCGGGACAACAGCUGCGGAUAUCGAGGCUGUCAUGAGCCCCAUCGGAGGAGAGACUCUAGGAUGCAAGCUCUUGUCCGCAAGCCCAACGGUCAUGGUAGAGCUCCAGUUUGCGACCAGGGAAGGAGCCGAGAACGUCAUUGCGACGUUCAACAACCAAAAGGCUGAUGGCAGACUUCUCUACGUAUACAUGAAGGAUGUUCCUGCGAGCACCCAUCUGUCGCUGUCCCGAGCCCCAGCUGGUCGCCUGACCCAAUCAGCCGAUGACAUGGAAAUUGACACAGGCGCACGAGCUGGCAGCUUCCAAGAUGGACGAUAUGGCUUCAACGAAGGUGGCCAUCGCGACCCACCACGAGGCCCGCGCCGUCGCUACUAAAUCAUACAUCAUUUUGACAAAACCUUCUUUAAAUCUAUCAUACACGAUACCCUUUCACGAACAAUGGCGAUGAGCGAAAAAAAAGUCCUUGAAGAGGUUAUGUUAGUCCCUUUACGAUAUACGGAUGAAGCGGAUUGAGAAACCGGAAUAUGGCUUUUUCCUUUGGCAAGAUGGGCAUGGAGUCGCGCUACAACAAACGUUAAGCAUGGCCCUUUGAAAACUGUCGAGAUAGGACAUGGUAUCUAGAGCAUACUUCUAAUUACACUUCCGACGGACACGGCUUCCACUACGGUUCCU